CGAUAUGUAGUCAGAUUAGGUUGGGUUCGCACAGUCUUUUAGAACAGUUCGUCAAGAAUCAACCUGAGCUCGUCUUCUCAAAGAUCUUUUCAAAGAAAGUGCCGUUCAUUCAAGGAAUAGAACUUGAGUUUUCACAUUGCAAAAUCGAAAAAAUUUACAGAAUCUGGACACAAUAGUUAUUCCGGGAGUAUUUAGCUAAAGAGAAAUAACGACGACUCUAUAUCGAAGACGAUGUCAAAGGUAAAAAAUCUCGCCAAGUUGUCGGCCAAGCAGUUGGAAGAAUUCUUCGCAUCUUUCGACAUGAUAUUUUCCGACAUCGACGGAGUCAUAUGGUCCUUCACCUAUUCCAUCCCUGGUGCUUUGGAAUCCUUAGAAGCAUUGAACAAACUAGGCAAGGAAGUAUACCUUGUAACGAACAAUAAUACGCACAACCUGGAAUUCUUUGUCGAGAAAGCACGGGAUGGCGGAUUUAAAAUAAAUCCAGAUCACAUAAUUAACACCUCGAAAGCGAUAAUCUGGUAUUUCAAGAAGAUCAAUUUUGAUGGCGAUGUAUUCGCAAUCCUUUCAAACUCGUUCUUGAAUAAUUUGCAAGAAGCAGGAAUACAAAUGGUGGAGCAACCAAAAGUUCCUCUACUGGAACCGAUUUUAAGCGAGAUUUCCGAUCGGCCUUCUGUUAAAGCUGUAAUUGUAGAUUUCGAUAGUCAUUGCAACUGGGGGAAGAUGGCUUUAGCCAUAUCGUGUCUCAAACGUGAAGAAGUGAUCUACUUGUCGGGGGCACCGGACACGUGGGUAGGGGACAAAAACAUAAAAGUUUUAGGUCCUGGCCCACUGUUGGAGGUUAUCAACCAACUUAGCGGAAGAAAACCAAUUUCGUUCGCCAAACCCAGCCAGAUCUUGAAAGAUUACAUCUUCAGUACAUAUAAUGUAAUUGAUCCACAAAGAUGCUUGUUCAUCGGCGACACGGCCCAACAGGACAUGAAGUUUGCCUCGUUAUGUGGAUUUAUGAAACUAUUUGUGGAGUCGGGGUGUGAUAACUUGGAAGAGGCACUAAAAGAGGAAGACACCUGCCCCGAUUACCAUAUCUCUAGCUUGGGCCAGUUAUUUUCUACCUUCAAGGAAACUGAGAAACAGCGCACAACCAAUCACUAUACUCGUUAGUUAACAGCGAGAUAACCAUAGAGAUAUAAGAAUAGAGGGAACAAGGGAUAUAUGCUAUUUGUAAGUGGAAGUGAUAGAGGUCAA